AAAAUGACAUCUGUCACUUUUGUGCCUGUAAACUACUGAAGUUUCCUUCUAGCAACUUGCUUGUGUUGUCCUUUUUACGAAUUUCUCUAGCAAAUUACAAAUGUUUUUAAAACCUUACAAACUAAAGAGCAAUGCUCCACUUAAAGGCUCCGACAGCAAGCGUCUCCGACUUCGCAUCCAACAAGCAUUUCCCGAUAUAACCAAUGAGCAAAUUCAACAACUCAUUCCAAACAAAUCGGCCGUCACUAUGUUGAAGAUUACCACCCACUCUGACUUCCACACUUUAGUUUAUUGUGUUGACAAACUACCAAUGUUCUUCGAAGCUGAAGGUGGUGUAUUAGUACCUACAUUGUACACAAUGUGGAUAGUCCCCGAUCUUCUGCCAUACUUUAAAACACACGCCGGUGUCCUGCCAAAACUCUCAAAUGGAGCUGAUCUCAUGUUGCCCGGUGUUGUUCAUCAAGGUGUUGGCAUGAAUAUGUAUGGACGUUAUAAGAAAGGUCAACUUAUUGCAAUUAAUUUGACAACAAAUGACUCCGCUGUAGGAGUUGGAGUGUUGACAAGGUCCAGUGAUGAUUUGUACAUGUGUGGUGGUCAUGGAUCGGCGGUUAAGAUGUUGCAUAUAUUUGGAGACAAGCUUUGGGGGCAUGAACCUUCUUUGGUAUCACAAAUUCCUGAUAAAGCUCCAGCCAAGUUAACAGAAGAUGAUUUUCCAGCUCUUGGAACUGAACCUGUAGCCAAGACGAAGGUAAGUCCUGAAUUACCUAUUCCUAAAGUAGAUCAGUUGAAUGCAAAUGAAGACAAAGAGAAUCAGAAUCAAGACACAGAGUUGUCUGAGAAUAAUUUGUCAGAAGAUCUGGAAAAUCUGGAAAUCCAACCAGAACCUGAACCGGAUGCAGUGUCAAUUGCUGACACAAUCCUCCGGAAUGCUUUCUUAACUGCUCUCAAACAUCAUGGAAAAGAAAUAAACCUACCCCUUCUUACAAGUAACUUUUAUCGUCUUCAUGUUGUCCCAGAAGCCAAGACUCAAAUCGAUCUAAAGAAGACAAAAUACAAAAAGCUUUCAAAUUUCCUAAACGAAAUGAUUAAUGAAGGCUUCAUUGUGGUUCGGGAAGAAACCAAAGGAAUCGAUAAAAUCAUAUCAAUUGACUAUGAUCAUCCCGAGCUUGUUAACUUUAUUGCAGAUGCUAAAUCUCCUGGUGAAGAUAAGGAAAAUGGUCAACAGCCAUUGUAUCAUUCUGAAAUGACCGAACUCUAUCUGGUCACAGAUGCGGUAGUAGCUUUCUUUACAAAAAUGAACUUUAAAAGAGGUGAGGGUAUUUCAAGUGUUCAAGUAAAGAGAGUUCUUCGGGAAUAUGUAAGUAAGAAUAAUCUUCCAGUAGCUGAUCCAGUCAAGAAGUCAAUCAAACUUGAUGAAUGUCUUCAGCAAAUAUGUGGUCGAGCUGAAGCUCCUCUAGAUACUGUCUAUAAUAUAAUCAUUAGUAAAAUGAAACAUACUUAUGAAAUGAGAAGCACAAAAGAUGUUCCCAAGAAUAAACCAUUAAUUCAAAUGUCUUUGGCUACAAGAUCGGGAAAUAAGAAAGUCACUUUAGUCAGUAAUAUUGAAUGCUAUGGGAUUAUUUUACCAGAGUUUAUUAAACUUUGUAAACAAGGAGCUGCUGCAUCAACAACGAUAGUUAAAGUACCAAAUCAGAAUCGUGAAAUGUUGCAAGUUCAAGGAAAUCAAGUGCGAUUUAUAUUCAAUUUGCUAACGGAAACGUAUAAGAUACCGGCGAAAAAUAUUCUUGGACUGGAUUUGGCGAAGCCAGUUAAAAAGAAGAAGUAGUUUGUUUGUAGAAAUAUGUAUUUUUUUUUUUAUAAAUUUAAUUUAAAUGUUGAUGAUUUUUAUGAGCAUGAAUAAAUAUGGUUAAAAUUUCAAGUUGAA